AUGCCGUCAGACAGAUGGCAGCCUCGACGCAACGCAGAGGAUGAUCGCAUCGCCUUCGAACCGGAAAGGAACGGCGAACCGUCACAGCGAUCAAGAACAUCGCCGAGGCAGGACGACCGCUACGAGCGGCCCAACAAGACCCGUCGGAUUGACGAGAGAGAGGCGCCACGCUCUGGCACUGGUGCUCGUGAAGGAGAUCGUCGGAACGAUGCGGACGAUCGUGCAGGACCCUCUUCACCACGCCGCUCGGACAGCACCCGUGACGCAGGCAAACCGCCAGCUCUGACAAUACGAGGCGUAGCUGCCACUCACAUUCCUUCCUCUCCCGCUCGCGACUCGACGAGAGACAAGGACGAUCGACCUCGACGAGCUCGCAGUCCGGAUCUGUUUGAUCGACUCGGCCGGCGCGACAAUGAUGCGAAUGGCAACCGUUCUCGACCCGACAGCUCUCUGCGCUCCCGACUCGACGAUAGUAAGGAUCGGGUUGACCGCGAUGCGCCUCGACGUGGCGCUACGAAGCUGGCGCCCAGAGGUCAGUACGAUGACAGCGGUCGUCGUAUAGACGACUCUCCUCAGGCCGACGCUAGGGAUCGCAACAGAGGCGGUCGCGCAAGAGAUGACCCGCCCACAUCUCCACGCAAGCGCGAUGGCAACUCAUGGAGGCAGCGUGAUCGUUCCAACUCUCCUGACGGUGGCCGCUCGCGGUUUCGAGGCGCAGCUGAUGAUGAUGUUGUACGCUCUUGGGACGAUCGAUCUUCGAGGGACGACCGCAGUCGUCCAUCACGACGCUCGCCGAGUCCCACGACUGCGAGGCAGUCAGACAGGUACGACCGGUACGAACGCCGCAGAUCACCGCCAAGGGCGAGCGACCGUCUCGUCGACACUCGAAAGGACGUUACGUCCUCAGCGAAAGCGACUCCGAGGGCGCGCAGAUGGGGCGUCAAAGCAGGCGAGGAGGAUCAAAACGCUCCCGUGCCAGAUGCGGAUCGCAGACGCCGCACACCCUCACCGGCACCAUCCAACGCAUCUACACGAUCACAAAGGCGAGAUCGGGACCUCGACCGUGCAGCCGAGCCCGACCGUCAGCGCGAUCGACCCGCUCGAUGGAGGAUCGACAACGGCAACGAUUUUGACAGCGAUUCCCGCGGCGGGCGUAGGGAUCGAGAUGGAGCCCAGCGGCGCGAUCAGCAGGGUCGGGAGCGGAGAAGGUCGCCGGAUGAUAGGCGACCACGCACGCCGCCUCGUGUCGACGAGGGUCUCGAUCGAGGCCAUGUGCUGACACGCAAGUCGGGCGCUAGUGCCGGCUUUGAUGGCGCCCAACCGCCCACUGGCCCUCGACGACAGGAAGUCGAGACGAACCAGCGCAGCAUCCGCGGGAGUGGGUGGCAGACUGUCCGACCUGGAUCUCGACGCGAGCGCGAUGCUGCCCACGCCAAGGACGGCGCUCGCAAUGGUCACGACGACACUGUCAAAAAGCGACCAGCGACGCCUCCUCCCCCUGCACCACCCGCGCCCAUCGAGCCGGCUCGCGCGGAGCCCGGCGAAGCGUACGAAAGCAUCCACCAAGUGGGCGAGGGGACCUACGGGCAAGUCUUCAAAGCUCGCUCCGAACGCACUGGUGCCCUUGUCGCACUGAAAAAGAUCCGCAUGGACAGCGAAAAAGACGGGUUCCCCGUCACUGCGAUGCGCGAGAUCAAGCUGCUCCAAGCAUUGCGCCACGAAAACGUUGUGCGGUUGCAUGAGAUGAUGGUGACACGCGGCUCGAUCUACAUGGUGUUCGAGUACAUGGAGCACGAUCUCAACGGCAUCCUCGCGCAUCCCGCCGUUCAGUUCAGCCCAGCCCAUCUCAAGUCCUUGGCGGGACAGCUGUUUGAAGGGCUGGACUACCUGCAUCGUCGCUCGGUGCUGCAUCGCGAUCUCAAAGGAUCGAACAUUCUGCUCAACAACGAAGGACGGUUGAAGCUGGCCGAUUUUGGUCUUGCCCGGUUUUAUGCGAAACGCAGACGCGGGGAUUACACGAACCGGGUGGUGACGCUGUGGUAUCGCCCACCCGAGCUGCUGUUUGGAGAGACGCAGUACGGGAGCGAGGUGGACAUGUGGGGUGCCGGCUGCAUCUUUGUCGAACUGUUCGUCAAGAAGCCGGUUUUCCAGAGCGAGACGGAACUGGGACAGGUGCAGGCGAUCACGGAUGUUCUGGGCCCAGUGAGGAAGGAGGACUGGCCAGAGGUGGAUAAGUUGGCGUGGUACGAGAUGGUCAAGCCUGCCACGCUCGCUGAUGCAGGAGAGCAGGAGCAGAGGGAUCAUGUUCAGGGCGCCUUUGCAAAGUACUUGCCCGUGGAGGCGCUCGAGGUAGCGCGGGGAUUAUUGACGUACGACCCACGCAAAAGAUGGAGCGCGAAGGAGGCGCUCGCGUCGAGGUACUUCGAGCAGGAGCCGAAGGCGGAGCUGCCCGCUGGGCUGCUUAGUGCGUUGGAGGGCGAGUGGCACGAGUACGAAUCGCGAAGGGCCAAAAAGAAGGCGACGGGUCAGAGAGGCACGGACACUGCAACGGUGGCCACGGCAGGAUCGACUGACCCUGUCGUCACUCGUAGCGCCGUUGAUGAUCAGCAGCAGGGGUGA